AUGGACGAAAUGGACAGAGACAUAAAGCCGAAAGGACGAACCGAGUCAAAAAAGAGAUUACAUGAGGUGAUUCGAACACUCGGACGCAAAUCUUCGAAAGAAGUGCAACGAAGUGCAGAUGAGCCUACUCCAAAUAACAUCGGCUACCACUCAGAUCUUCUAACAUACGAAGAAGUAAUGCUGUACCUUGCUCGAACAGACCGGAAACGAACAUUAGUUCUUUGUGGUCCAGAAGGUGUUGGUUGUCUGCAAUUGCGGCAGCGACUGUUGGAAUCGGACAGAGAUCGACUAGCUGGCCCUGUGCCU